AAACGUCAAGAAAGGUGGGGACAUGAAGGCGCAGCUUACACUUGGCAGUCCACUGCCACGGCUUUAAUAAGAUGGCUACCAUGUUGUCUCGGACUAUCUCACUCGUUGAAAAUCUCACCCGAUUCAACGGGUCGAAGAUUUUGGGGUGCAAAACCAACUUAGUGAAACAACCAGUUAGGAAUUUAAAUGUCCACGAACACAUCAGCUACAGCUUACUCAAUGAAGCUGGAGUCCCGACUCCGAAGUUCGGAGUUGCCAAGACUCCGGAUGAGGCUGCGAAACUCGCCGCUGACUUGAAAACCAAAGAUAUCGUUUUGAAGGCACAAGUCUUAGCUGGCGGCAGAGGAAAGGGUCACUUUAAAGGGAGUAGCAUCAGCGGUGUAAAGAUGUGUGAAACUCCGGAUGAAGCGAAGAAAUUAGCCAGUCAAAUGUUGGGCAAAUUGUUAAUCACUAAACAGACGGGCGAGGCCGGUAGGAUAUGCAAUGCAGUUAUGGUGACACAACGCAUGUUCCCGCGUAAAGAGUACUACCUUGCGGUCAUGAUGGAAAGAGCCUUUGGUGGUCCAGUGAUAAUAGCUUCCAGCCAGGGUGGUGUAAAUAUCGAAGAAGUUGCUGCAACGAAUCCUAGUGCUAUCAUGUAUGAACCCAUUGAUAUCGAGAAGGGUAUUACGAAAGAACAGGCAGAUCGUAUUGCCGUGAAGCUUGGACUUCAGAAUGUUAAAGAUUACAUUUCUAACAUUAUUAUCAACCUGUAUCAAAUGUUUCUUAAGAAGGAUGCUCUUUUAUUAGAGGUGAAUCCUUUGGCAGAAGACAUUAAUGGACAAUACUUCGCCUUGGACUGCAAGUGCAGAUUCGAUGACAAUGCUGAGUUCAGGCAAAAGGAAUUAUUCGCUCUGAGAGACUGGACUCAAGAGGAUGCCAAGGAAGUCGAAGCUGCUAAAUUCGAUUUAAAUUACAUCGCGCUCGAUGGUAACAUCGGGUGUAUGGUAAACGGGGCUGGUCUGGCUAUGGCCACUAUGGAUAUUAUCAAAUUGCAUGGUGGAGAGCCAGCCAAUUUCUUAGACGUCGGCGGCGGCGCAACCACUUCUGCUGUGAAAGAAGCAUUUAAAAUCAUAACUUCUGACACACGAGUUCACGCUCUCUUAGUCAAUAUAUUUGGCGGAAUUAUGAGAUGCGACGUGAUUGCCGAAGGAAUUAUCGCCGCGACUAAAGAGCUCAGCUUAAAAAUUCCUGUCGUCGUUCGAUUGCAGGGUACAAACGUAGACGAAGCGAAAGCUCUUAUUGCGAACGCGGGUUUGAGAAUCGUACCGAUAGACGAUCUCGACGAAGCUGCCCGCGUCGCGGUCAAACUGUCUACGAUCGUUAAAUUAGCACAAUCCGAGAAUCUUAGCGUCAACUUCGAGAUACCUUCGAUUUCCUAAAUCUAGCAAAAAUUUGUAAUUUACCAUAUAUUAUGGACAUACAUUACGAAGAUAUAUUCACAUUGUUAAAAGCGUUUGGAACAACAAUUUGAAAGUAAUAACUAGAUUGAUAUUAACCAUUGAUUUCGAAUGUAAUUUCUGUCGUAUUUUUAAAACGACGUUCUUGAACGUACUUCAUAUGUUUCUACUACAAGUGGAAAUGGACAUUCUUAGCUUUGCUUGAUGUUUCGAACGUUCGUAUAUUUUUUCUAAGAUGAAUAACGCGGACGCGUGCUCGUUUUACGAUCUUGUAUUAAAUCGUUACUGUUGUAAAAAUUGCCAGGCACAGUUUGCUCGAAAUCGAUGUUGCUUUUUUACCCGAUGCAAGCACAAACUCAUACAUCCCGAAACGUAUGCAGACCUCUUCAAGAAUGUAAUUUAUUGUUUUCCCGAUUAACGGGUCUCUGUGAUUCAGUAUUAAAAUUAAGUUACAUAAUAUACGGUUAUCGACAUAGCCAUAUUUUUUGCACGACGUGUACUCUAUAUUCUUUCAAAGCUUAUAUACACAUCAUACUUGUAUACCGAAAAAAUACGAGAUUAACUGUCCAAAAAACGACACCUUUUAUAUAACCGUUCAUAAGACAAAAAAUUGUUAUAUUCGAAACGCAUUACCGUGAGAUAUGAUUAUUAUAUCUCGCAGUUAAAAAAAAACCUGGGCCUGUUUAAUGUAAUAUAUAGACUUAAUGUAGUUAUAUGUAUACAUAUAUAUAUAAAUUAUUUUACGUAAUUUUAAUUUGUUUUUAUUUUGCUAAUUAAUCAAGAAUGAUCACGUUUCGUUAUUCCCUUGGGCGCAAUUAUUACGGAAUAGUCAAUAAUAAAUCGUACAUCAAUAUUAUGCUAUGUUCACGUAAUUAUCAGAUAUAAUUGCAUUUCUGUUACGAAUAUUACACGACGCAAAAUGUAAUGCAGAAAGAUCAUAGCAUAAUUUUGAUCGAAAAUGAGAAAACGAUGAUCUUACUUGAAAUGACAACGGGAAGAUGUUUGAGAGAGGCUUGGAUGUUCCUUAGGAUGCGGAUGCUUUGAUGAUUUUGUUAUUGUCGGCAAUAGCCUUCUUUUUAAAUAAAGAUACGCUAUUGUUCACUUUA